UGACAAGGGAGCGGCCAUUGGUCCUGCAUUCCCCUUUCCUGUGUUCGUCAUUCAGGCAGGACUAACCGGAUGAGAUGCGGGGACUGAGAAAGCUCAAUAAUAAAACAAUUAAAAAGAAAGAAGAAACAAGCUGGUGAGAAGAGGAUAUUUUAAUAAAUAUCUCCCCAGAACCACAGUAAACCCACCACAGGAUUACAACCACCAUGGUUACACUGGAUUUCAGGACCCUGACAGUGCCUGUGGGCAUUGUGCGAAUACUAGAGCUGAUCCUCACCUGUAUCUCCUUCAGCCUCGUGGCUUCAGUGGGGAACAGCACAGACUCCUUCUGGACGUGGUGCAUGUUCACCUGGUGCUUCUGCUUCUGUGUCACCUUCCUCAUACUCUUCCUGGAGCUCUUCAGCCUCAGCUCUAAGUUGCCUAUCUCCUGGGAGGACUUCACUGCUGCAUUUGCUAUGUUGGCAACUUUAAUGGUGCUAGCAGCGUCCAUCAUCUAUCCCAAGUUCUACACUUGCUCUAGCUGCAGCAAACAGAUCGGUGCCACAGUCACUUCCUGUCUGGCCUUCAUCCUGUACGCUGUAGAGGUCGGACUGACCCGAGCUAAACCCGGAGAGCUGAGUGGGUUCCUGUCCACAGUCCCAGGCCUCCUCAAAGUUCUGGAAGCCUUCGUGGCCUGCAUCAUCUUCAUCUGCUUGGACAGCCACAAGUACUCUAGCUAUCCAGGGCUCCAGUGGUGUGUCGCUGUCUACUCCAUUUCCUUCAUCUUUGCCCUCCUUGUCAUCAUCUUUACCAUCUGCCGCCUUCUGUCUCUCUUCCCCGCACCAUUUGAUAAAGUCCUGACAGCGUGCAACGUGUUGGCGGUGUUGAUGUACCUCACAGCUGUGGUCAUCUGGCCGUUGUACAGCUUCAAAAACAAUCCCAGGCCGAGCUCCUGCAAGGCAGGUUUUCUCUGUCCGUGGGAUAACUUAGUGGUUAUCUCCUUCAUGACCGCUUUUAACCUUUGUGCUUACAUUGCAGAUACUAUUUAUUCUUGUAGGCUGGUGUUCUUUGUUAGCAGAACGUAGGUUGCAUAAACGCAUCAUAGUUCAGGUGUCAAAGGUCAACCAGAACUCAGAGUGUGUAAAGCAGCUAUUGGACAACUUGUGUUAAAAUGUUUGUUUUUUCAUGAUAACCCUGACAGUUUUGAUUUGUUGACUUUUAUAUUUCUUGAUGAUACAUUCUCUGAGGACCUGGUGGAAUAACAAUGGCUGUGUCUAGUCACCAGGAAGAUGUUAUGUCAAUCUAUUUGUAUAGCCUUUUACUUGCUUUGUUCUCAUUUGACACUUAAUAAUUAUGUUACUUUGAAACAGCAGUGAUAUGACCGUGAGAGUCUCAGUUGCAAACUCAUGCACUGUAUAUUGUUGUAAAUUCCACUGAUUGAAAUAUGAAUAAAAUGUAACAAAAGUG